AUGAAUAGUAUCGAUCUAGUCAGCCGACUUUUCGAUGUUAUCGAACAGGAUAUUAUUCCCAAGACUCGAGUGACUGUUGCACAUGGCAGUUGUGUAUUUGGCGGAGCUAUUCUCAAAAAAUCAGACUUAUCGAUUGUUGUUGCUACAGGUAAUGGUCAAGCAGAAAAUCCAAUCUGGCACGGUGAGAUCAACGUUAUCAAUACACUUUGGCAAAUAAAGGAUCGAUCUAAAAUACCAGAUGCAAAAGAAUGCAUUUUUCUAAGUACUCAUGAACCUUGUCCAAUGUGUAUUUCGGCUAUUACUUGGGCUGGAUAUGAUAAUUUCUAUUAUCUUUUUACUUACGAAGAAACUCGCGAUAUUUUUAAGAAGUCGAAUGAUAUUGAAAUUUUAAAAGAAGUUUUUGGAAAUGGUAUAGACAAUCGUCCAUUUUACAACCGCAAAAAUGCAUUCUGGACCAGCUAUAGUAUACGUGAGAUAAUCAAUAGUCUUAACGAAUGUGAUUCUGAUCGUCAAACUCUACUUGAUCGAAUGAAUAAUAUAUUCAAAGUGUAUGCCGAACUGUCAGACAUUUAUCAUACAAAUAUUGGUGAACCAGUAGUUAAUUAG